AUGCUUCUGGAUGGGGGCUGGCUUUCACAGCAGCAUUUUUGUGGAAUAUUGCACAAUGCAAUGCUCCAUAUAUGCCAGAGGUUUUCGUAAAAGGGCUGAAUGUGAAUAAUUAACACCAGUGGCUCUUUUGAGCUCCUGGGGUUUGUCUAAUGAGAGCAAGCCAGCCUGCUUUUCAUCACCAAUGUGAGAAUGUCAACAGUCUACUCUGAGAAAAUGUGGCGGGAAACCUCAGCUUCCUCCUGAUCCUUACUCAGAUAUCAACUUGAAUUUUGAUCUCCUGCAGUGCCUUAAACUCUGCAGAUAUUUGGAGAAAAUGACCCUCACGCUGGCGCUGGUGGCGCUGAUCUCUGCCUUUGGAUCUUCUUUUCAGUAUGGCUACAACGUGUCUGUCAUCAACUCUCCAUCCCCGUACAUGCAGGACUUUUACAACCAAACCUACUUCGACAGGAAUGGAGUGCCCAUGGACAGUGGCUUCCAGACACUGCUCUGGUCUCUCACUGUGUCCAUGUUCCCCCUGGGUGGCUUUUUUGGGUCCCUCAUGGUGUGGCCUCUGGUCAACAACUGUGGCCGAAAGGGCACUUUGCUGAUAAAUAACCUCUUCUCCAUCAUUGCUGCAAUCCUUAUGGGAACCUCAGAGCUAGCAAAAACAUUUGAAGUAAUCAUCCUUUCACGUGUUAUCAUGGGAAUAUAUGCUGGUCUGGCUUCCAAUGUGGUUCCCAUGUUCCUUGGAGAACUGUCCCCCAAAAAUCUGAGAGGUGCUAUUGGGGUAGUACCCCAGCUCUUCAUCACCAUUGGGAUCCUUUCAGCUCAGAUCCUUGGUCUCAACAGCAUCCUUGGGAAUGCUGAAGGCUGGCCUGUGCUGCUGGGGCUCACUGGGAUCCCAUCACUUCUUCAGCUCCUUAUAUUGCCUUUUUUCCCUGAGAGUCCCAGAUAUCUGCUGAUACAAAAGGGCAAUGAAGAGCAGGCACGACAAGCUCUGCAGAGGCUGAGAGGCUGUGAUGACGUGUAUGAUGAGAUAGAGGAAAUGCGCCGAGAAGACGAGUCGGAAAAGGAAGAAGGACAGUUCUCUGUGCUCAGCCUGUGCACCUUCAGAGGCUUGAGGUGGCAACUCAUCUCUAUCAUUGUCAUGAUGAUGGGCCAGCAGCUCUCUGGGGUUAAUGCGGUCUUCUACUACGCAGACAGAAUCUUCCAGUCAGCAGGAGUGGACGACAAAAAUGUUCAGUAUGUCACCGUGUCCAUAGGUGCCAUCAACGUCGUCAUGACUUUGCUUGCUGUUUUCAUUGUGGAAUCCCUGGGGAGGAAAAUCCUUCUCCUUGCUGGCUUUGGGUUGUGCUGUCUCUCCUGUGCAGUGUUAACUUUGGCCCUCAAUCUCCAGAACACUGUCUCAUGGAUGUCCUACCUAAGCAUAGUGUGUGUCAUUGUCUACAUCAUUGGACAUGCUAUAGGAGCCAGUCCAAUUCCCUUUGUGAUGAUCACAGAGAUGUUCCUGCAGUCAUCCCGGCCUGCGGCGUUCAUGGUGGGUGGCUCUGUGCACUGGCUCUGCAACUUCACCGUGGGGCUUGUGUUCCUCUACAUGGAGGCUGGACUGGGGCCCUAUAGCUUCCUCAUCUUCUGUGCCAUCUGCCUCGCCACCAUCAUUUACAUCUUCAUUAUUGUACCUGAGACAAAGAACAAAACCUUCAUGGAAAUCAACAAGAUCAUGGCCAAGAGGAAUAAGGUGGAGAUUCAGGAAGACAAAGAUGAACUUAAAGAUUUCAGCACUGUCCCUGGUGGGCAGGCAGGGAAGAAAAAAACCUCCAGCAGUGAUUUGUGAGCCAGCCCAGAAUUUGACGAGGCCCAGACAUUUUUCAGGAUGUGUUCAUCUGGAGAUAUAUCAGCACUGAUAUUGAUACUGAUCUUCAUUCAGACCUUCUGCAAAUCUCCCACAGCAGGAGUUUCCAAAUAAGCCGUUUUCUUGAGGGUGUUUUUUUUUGUGAGUAAUUUGCAGGACCAUUCUCCUUCAUGGCAUAACCGCUGCCAAAGCAAACUGUCCGUUUGUGCAAUUGGUCACAAGGAAAGGGCAAUGUUCUCAGCCAGCUCAGUUCCUGUGAUCAAGUAAUCUAUGUCCUAAGGUGAUGUAUGUCCUUGAUGUCCGGACUGACACCUCAGGUGUGACACAAGCCAGCCCUUGGGCUGGUUUUAGGUCAAUCAUGUGCAAGAAGUGCACUAUAUUCCUCUGAGAAACUGUCAUUCUUGUAUCUGAGUGUUCAGCCUGGGUGGUGCCAAGCCCUGGUGCUGAGGUUGCUCUGAGGUACUUGGUUAGAUGGGCUGAUAAUGGCAUUUAUCCUGUCAACUCUUGUCCUUCCUUUGUGUGCUCAAAAGGACCACUAAACUGGAAAUACAUAUCACUGUGAUCUCACCCUA